UUCAUUUGAUAAAUUUAGAAUUGAAUAAUCUCUUCACAAUCACAUCUUGUGCUUUGAAACCAAAGAUUAAAUCCAUGCGUCUUUUUGUGAUUUUCUUCUUGGCUCUUGGUUGUGGAGUCGCCACAGCAGCCGAGUACAAGGUCGGUGAUGAACCUGGAUGGACUCGCCAAAUUCCCGUUGAUUACUAUCAAUGGGCUUCUGACAAAACUUUCUAUGUUGGUGACACUCUAUUUUUCCAGUACCACUUACCCAUGCAUGAUGUGACGGAAGUGACUGCGAAAAACUUUAUGCAAUGUAAAGCACGAAACCCAAUUGCCGUCCACCGCACUGGCGCUGAUAAGAUCGAGUUGAGGAGGACCGGCCACCAUUUCUUCAUUUGCGGUACUCCCGGCCACUGCGAAGCCGGAAUGAAGUUGAUGGUUAGGGUUACUUACAAGCCUGGACAGAAUUUUGAGAAAGAUACCAAGAACCCAGACGCUGAUACUAGCGAGGAAAAUUCACUAGCGUCAGCGCCUGUUGCGGGAGAAACACCUGAAGCUAAUUCUAACGAUGUAAAUUUACAAAUGGGAGUGUCUAAUGUGGGAGAAGCACCUGAGGCUAAUCCUAGCGAUGUAACUUUGCAAACGGGAGCGUCUAAUGCUGGAGGAGUAACUGAGGCUAAUCCUAGCGAUGUAAAUUUGCAAAUGGGCGCGUUUAAUGGUGGAGGAGCACCUGAGACUAAUCCUAAUGAAGUAAAUUUUCAAAUGGGACCACCUAAUACCGAAGAAGCACCUGAGGUUAACCCUAGCAAUGUAAAUCUACAGAUGGGAGCGCCCAAUGUCGGAGAAGCACCUGAGACUAACCCUAGCCAUGUAAAUUUACCAAUGGGAGCACCUAAUGAGAAUGAUCCUAGUGGUGUAAAUUUAGAAAUGGGAGCACCUAAUGCCGGACAAACACCUGAUGAGGAAGAUCCUAGCGAUCCAAAUUCAAUAAUAGGAACGCCAGAUGCCAGAGAGGAUGAUCCCAAUCAACAAAAUUAGCCAAUGGACGUGGCACCCGAUCUUUCAAGGCUUAAUUUUGCCUCCUUAUGAUAAUAUAAUGCCCCAACCCCAAAAUAAAAGAAUUGGAAGACAAACUGAAUCAGAGCCGCAAUAUAUCCAUCUGCGAUAACAUCUGAUGGGAUUUACUUAAAUAUAUUAUUAAUAAUAAUCGAAAUUUUG